AUGGGUAAGUCUCAUUCGCAUCGGAACUCGCACAACCGAAAGAGCCCAGACAACCAGAAACCUUCAUCAGCGUCCGAGACUUCCUCGACUGAAUCCGAAUCCUACCAACACCCGAUUUCUCCUAGCAGCCCUCGUCCGGCAAAGCCUACCCUGACGACCAACCCUCAUGUCAUGAAGAUUGGGCAACAGCUGCAUCUCUAUUCUACCUUGCACAAGAUCCGAAAGCAAGAAUACAUUGAUGCUCUCGCCAAGUUCCGAGCCUGGUACCCACCCCACAAGAAACUCGUCUCGGACCCCGACCUUCAUAAUGAAUGGGCCAACUCGUCAAACCGUAACCGGGCUUUUGCGCAACUCAUCCGUGGCAUGGAAGAUGCCGAGACGCGAGCCAUUGCGUACAAUGAGGCAUUGGCUGAUGCGGAGCGGAGCACCGUUGGCAGAGGUUCAACUCGAAGCCGGUUCGAAAGCUUGGCGAGAAGCGACGCGGGAGGUUCGAUACAAAGCCAUGGCAUGAGAGCGCUGACCAAGAGGGACAAAAGGUUUCGCCGAACUCGACCUCAGCCUGUGGAAGAUCGGAACCCAACUACCCCAACACCUCUCAGAUCUGGAGACCGAUACACAGCCCUGGAUGAUGAUGACGAUUAUGAUGACAAGCCACGUCAGGCGAACAGAAAGCAACAUGUCUCAAAGAAACAAGCGGGGUCUGGGAAGACUGGCCGAGCUAUAUACCGGAACCCAAUGUCCUCGCAAAGCUCAGAGCAAUCAUCAGACACUGCAAGAUACCAGGGCCCAUCACGAUCAUCUUCUCGAAACCACAACAGUAAAACCAUACCCACCUCCGUCCCAACAUCUCCGCUAGAUGCUUCACCUCAGACCGACACCGGGCUUCCCUCCUCGUCAUCGGCUCCAGUCUCCACACCCGCUGCCACAUCUGCUCCAGAUUCUGAUCUCGCCGGCGUCCCUCCAGGUCCCAUCGCAUACGCCUUGGACAAGCUGUUCAACCUGAGUCGUGCCACUACACGUCCGGUACCUCCCCCAACACGGAGCAUGAAGUUCGAAGUUCGGGGCCAGGAAUACUCGUACACGGGACCAGUCAUCCGGAUGGAAACGAAUGGGAGUGGCAGGAACACAGACGAUGGACUUUCAGGCAUGGGUAUGGCUAACAUGAUGAUGGGUGUUGUCGGAAUGAACAUGCCUGGCAUGGGACCACAGCAGAUGCCAGGUGUGGGUUUCGGUAUCAGUAAUCACCGUCAAGAGGGUGUUGGUCAGGUAACGCAGCAGCCUCAGGGUCGGCGAAGGUUGGUGGAGUUGAAGAACGGCCGCGCGAAGAAGAGAACUCUGACCGAUACUGAGAGUGACUCGGAUGAGCGGCAACAAAAGAAGAAGAAGGGAAGAAGGUCGGAGAAGUAG